AUGAAGAUCUCUCUUUCCGCCCUGAGUGGUGUGCUUGCCGUGCUGCCCUCGGUGGCGUUGUCGGCUACGCUCGACAAGCGCGAUCCCGUACCCUACAAGGUUCAGACCCCUCCCCUCGAUACGGACUGGACGUACAAAGUUGGGACCAAUCCUUGGCCCGAGCACCCGCGCCCGCUGCUACACCGCGACAACUGGCAGAGCUUGAACGGAAUAUGGACAUACGAGAGCGCUGAUGGCAACCCUGCUGCUCAAGCGCUCAGCAGUCCUCCCAAUCAGCGUCAGCUUGGAAAGGAGGUCAUGAUCCCCUCUUGCGUUGAGAGUGCACUUUCCGGCAUUCAGGAGUAUCCUGUCACGAACAUGUGGUUCUCCAGGACCUUCAAGGUAUCCGACUCGUGGAAAGGCCAGAAUGUGCUUCUCAACUUUGAAGCUGUCGACUACGAAGCCACAGUCUUUCUCAACGGCGUCAAGGUCGGUCACAACGUGGGUGGCUACUUUCGCUUCACUCUAGAUGUGACCAAGAACGUCAAAUAUGGCGAAGACAACACUCUGCUCGUGUUUGUCUACGACCCGACCGAUCUGGAAAUGGUCCCAAUUGGCAAGCAAACAAGACGGCCCAGUCACAUCUUCUACCGGUCAUGCUCCGGGAUUUGGCAGACAGUUUGGCUGGAAAGUGUGCCUCAGAACCACAUUACUGGUCUUGAUGUCACUGCCGACAUGGACGGCAACGUUGCUUUUACUGUUCACAGUUCGGGAAAGAACGGCACGGGUGUCAAGCUCAACCUUUUCGAUAAGCAUGGCAAACAGGUGGCUUUGUCCGUCGGCAGAUCUGACUCCGAAGUCAAGUUUCAGCUCGCUUCUCCCAAUAUUUGGUCACCGUCUUCACCUUACUUGUACAACAUUACUAUUUCCAUGGACGGCGAUACCAUCAGCAGCUACACCGCAUUCCGCAGUAUUGCGGUUGGCGACGUCAAUGGCAUCAAAAGACCUCUGCUCAAUGGUAAAUUUACCUUCUUGAUGCUCAAGAGUCUCGGUUUCAAUACUGUUCGCAAGCAUAUCAAAGUAGAGCCAGAUCUUUUCUACCGCGCCUGCGACGAAAUGGGUCUUGCUGUGAUUCAGGAUAUGCCGAGCAUGUCCGCUGACGGCAGAGUGCCAAAUACCGACGAACAGGCCGAGUUCCGCCGACAGCUGGGCGUCCUCAUCGAGGAGCACAGAAAUUAUCCAUCAAUCGUGACUUGGGUGAUCUACAACGAAGGCUGGGCCCAGAUCAACACACCACCAUACCCCGAGGCUGAGUUGACAGACAUGGUGCGCAAAUUGGAUCCGACGAGACUAAUUGACUCGGUGACUGGCUGGCAUGAUCAUGGCUUUGGUGACUUUUCGGAUAAUCAUCACUACGCCAAUCCACAGUGUGGUAGCCCAUUCUCGUCCCUGCCAGGUGGCCCGUACGACUCAGGCCGAAUCGGGUUUCAAGGUGAAUUCGGUGGCGUAGGCCACAACGUCUCCGCCGACCAUUUGUGGAAAGUUCAAAAGUCUAUUGAUGAAAUCAACCAGACGUAUGAGAUGGACGAGAACCUAGAGGCGUACAACUAUCGCACUGGUACGCUGUUUCGAGAGCUGAAGGAGCAGAUCGAGAUGUGA